UUUCCCUUUUUGUCCAUGGUCUCAGAGAGCUUUGUGGACAUGCCAGGGCAGCCACGCAGCACUCCCUCUCUUGACCAGAAGGAUGGUUCCUCUGUGCUUCUGGAGACUGUUGCUCCAGUUUCCUCUCUGUCUCCUCUUCCUUCUCCUGACUCUUUAGAAGAACUCUCUCUUUCUGAAAGCUCUGACCAAGCUCCUGCGUUAGCUAAGGUACAAGAAACUGUGACACCUGAUAGUCUGUUGCAGACUGUUGAAGAUUCAGCUUCGAAAGUUCCUAAGGAUGUGCCUUUGACAGAAGAGGUGAAGACUGCAGAAUGUAAAACUGAGACUGAAAUCUCAGACACCAAAUUGAGCCUUGAUAGUGAUAUUAAAUUAUUUGACUCUCAUUUUGAAUGUUUAGCAACCCCUCCUGUUGGAGAAGCUGUGGAACUUCCUCUGAAAAUGGAGGAGGACACAAAGGUAGAAAAGGCUAUUGAGUGGAAUACUGGCAUGCUUGGAGAUGUGUUACAGACCAGUACUACUCCACUGGAACCUGAUCAGAUUGCCGAUGCACAGCAGGAACAUUUUCUUGAAAUGAGUUCGCUCAAGCAUGUAGACCUGCAGAUAGGGUCUGAACUAAAAAAGCAAACCUCUCCAGUCCCUGAAAAGCCUGAAGUUGAUAGAAUAGCCGUUGAGACAGACAAGAUUGUUGGUAUUGCACUGGAGUCCCCUGUAGAUACGGUAAAGACACUAUUCUGUAAAAUUGGUGGAUUUGAAUUUUCUCCUGAUGAUCAAGUUGGCCAUUUAGUAGAGUCACAGAAGAAUGAAAAAAGUCAGGAUGAACUUGAUUUUACAUUGGGGGAAGAUGCUGAAUCCCCAUUAGACACUACCUCUGGAUCAUCUUCAGAGCAGUCACCCCUCACACCUGAAGUUCAGUCUACCGUGACAGCUCAAUCCUAUGUUACUUUUGAUACUGCAGCCUUUAACUCUCCACAACCAGACUUUCCAGAUGCCAGAAAAGCAGUAAACUCUCCUCUGGCUUAUGUUGAAAAGGCAGAAGGUGAAAUUCUGCAUGAGAAAAAGGAGGCUAGUGCCUUAGAGAGAUCUGUCCAGCCAGAGUCCUUCCUUGACUUUCAACCCAUCAGUGCUGCCAGGACUGGUUUGCCGCAAGCGAUUGAUGCUGUGUUGGAGGGGAGUACCGUUACGGUAUCUGAAAGCCCCACCCCAGACUUGGUGCAAGGGGCAUUUGACAAUGAGUUCCAAGAUGUAUCACAAAUAAAACAUAGUGAUGAAACCAGUGUUGAUUUAGUUCAGAAGACCUUUGAGUCCAUACAAGAACCUUCAGUGUGCCAGUCUGGGUGGCCUAAGGAGCCCCCUUCUCUUCCAGAUAUCUUGGAGUCUCCUUUGAGCUCUGGCAAAGUAGCUGCUGGAUCUUCUGAAGGUAAUCCAGAUUCUGAACCAAGCCCUGUGAAAGAAACGAAGAUGGAGGCUCCUGCUGUGCCAGUCAUCUUCGAGGCAGUUAAACCAUUGGCCUUUGUGUCUGACUCCCAGAUUUCACCUAACCAGGAAACAUGUGAGGCAGUUUCGUUUAAAGCAGUUCAAAAAGCUGCACCUGCUUUUGACGAUGUGCUUGAUAAGAGGAUGGGUGCAUGUGAUCUAGUAAAGGAAGCCCAAACCACAAGUGACCUCACUGCCCAACUGGAUAGAGAGGAAAACGAGUUUUCAGUGGGCAUGGGUCGACGUUCAUCUGGCUUGUUAGAAAGUAUUAAAGAAUCUCUGAGUUUUGAGCAAGUGAAUGAAUUGUCCACCAGUCCAUCUGAGUUCAGUAUUUCGAUAAAUGAAAUUCAUGAGAUGAAAGAACCUCUUCAAGAAUCUCCUGCCUCCGAAGCAGUGGGAGAGAGUAUCAAAGCCACUGUUCCUGUAGGUUUUGUGAUGGAAAGUGAAUGCAAGUCCCUGAAGGAAUUGGAGAAAUUACCUACUGAAGAUGCCCAUGCUUUUCCAGAAAGGGUAGCUCGUUUGGAAAAGCCAGUGGAAACGGUAGAAUUGGAAGGAUCCAUGGAGUAUGGCGUCACUGCUGAAGAGUUUGAAAUAAUAGAAGCCGUGUCCAGUGAGCCAUUAACACGAGGAGUUGUAGAUGAGUUUUUGGAAACGCUGGAUAAUUCUAGUGUCUCAAGCGUUUCCAAACUAGGCAUAGAACGUGAAAUGCCAUCCAUAUCUGGCCGUGACGACUUGGAUGCUAAGCUAGGGGAACAUAUUGAGUUUACACAAGUACAUGUCAGCUCACAGCAAAGCUCCUUCGCACUUUCAUCUGAACCUGCACCAAAGGCUGCAUCACUGAAAAUCGAUCUGGAACCAGAAAACCAGAUUACCCCCCCAGAGCCGCUCAAAGAAGUCAAGCUCCAAGAAAUGGUGACCAAGGUUCCAAAUGUCCACUCGAAAAGCGAAGAAGCAGAGAAUCCAGUUCCUCUUCCAAAGGCAGAUGAGGACCAGCCUCCCUCUGAUACUGAAAGACCUGAAGUCCAUAAGAUUGAUCAGACACCAAACCUCAGCACAGAAGCAGUGGUGGACCUCCUGUACUGGCGCGACAUUAAGAAGACGGGAGUGGUGUUCGGAGCCAGCUUGUUCCUCCUGCUCUCCCUGACUGUGUGCAGCAUUGUCAGUGUAUUCUCUUACCUGGCUUUGGCCCUGCUGUCCGUCAGCAUCACUUUCAGGAUAUACAAGGGGAUUCUGCAGGCAAUUCAGAAGUCGGAUGAGGGCCACCCCUUCAAGGCUUACCUGGACUCUGAUGUUGCUGUCUCUGAGGAGGUGGUUCACAAAUACAGCGAUGUUACACUGGGCCACAUCAACUGUGCACUGAAAGAGCUACGCCACCUGUUUCUGGUGGAAGACCUGGUUGACUCACUGAAGUUUGCUGUAUUGAUGUGGAUCCUUACCUAUGUUGGCGCCUUGUUUAAUGGUCUGACGCUUCUAAUUCUGGCUUUGAUUUCCGUGUUUAGCAUCCCAGUUAUUUAUGAAAGGCACCAGGCACAGAUUGACCAUUAUUUAGCUCUGGUGAACAACCAAGUUAAAGACAUUGUUGCUAAGAUCCAAGCUAAAGUCCCUGGACUGAAGCGCAAGACGGAGUAAGGGCUUCAGGCAGCAUCUCUUGGAGAGUCACUCGGGCUGAGGGGAGGGUGGGGAGCGAAUACAAUACAUUACCUUGACAUUGCAGUGUAAUUUCACAAAUCUCUAUACCAGUAUAGCAGUCCUCUCGUGUUGUGAAAAUGUAACUCUUGUUAACCUGUCGUUGGUUUUCACCAGCCCAAGUAUUAUAUGCCACUGCAUAGAUCUAAUUAUUUAUCUUGUUUUUAAACACUGGUUUGUAUUUAAGAAAACGAUUUGAGAAAACCAUACACUGUGCUUUGCCAUGGAAAGUCUUAUGUUAAAGGAAAUCAUGGUCAAAGUGGAGCAGGGAAUUUUUCUUUUUUUUUCACCGUUUACCUACUGUUUGUAGAGUCUGAGUUAAGGUCGGGGGAUAUUUUUAAAUGCAACAGAUGUUUAGUGAAUGGUACCAUUGUGGCAAGAAAUGGACACUUUGGUAUAAACUUAGUGUUAUUGUGAUUUUACUGUUUUAUUGCUUGACUGUGUAGUGUUUCACAAAAGCUUAAGCUUUAUUCAACAGCUCCACAGUGCUUGAUAUUUCAGACUGUGAUCUGAUAACUUCCAUAGCACAUAAGCUUCAGAGAACAUUAGUACCUUUGCAAACACAUUCAUGCGGAUAUUCACUUCAUUGCAGAUGCAUAGUAAAAUCUCAAAAAACACGUUUACACACUGAACACUUAAACCCUGCUGUAUCUGAUUUAUCUGUGGACUGAAUAUCUAAAGCUGCAACAUAUGUUACUUGGAAAUUUAAGCAUUCUUUGUGUUAUGCAAGUAAUUGUGAAUGAAACUUCAUAGAAAUGUGAUGAAUUCUGCUGAGAACCAAGUCUGUGGAAUGCAUUGUGAAAUGUAAACAAAUACCAAUAAAGCUUAUAGACAAGUCA